AUGUCAGUUGAAUCCGCAUUGUCCUAUGCUGCCUUGAUUUUGGCCGAUUCCGAUAUCGAAAUCUCCUCGGAAAAAUUGUUCCAGUUGGUCACCAAGGCCAACGUUGAGGUCGAGUCCAUCUGGGCUGAUAUUUUUGCUGGUGCUUUGGAGGGUAAGGACCCUAAGGACUACCUUUUCAACAUCCAAGCUGCUCCUGCUGCUGGUUCUGCCCCUGCUGCUGCCGCUGCUGGAGGUGCUACCGAAGAAGCUGCUGCUGAAGAGAAGAAGGAAGAAGAGAAGGAGGAGUCUGAUGACGACAUGGGUUUCGGAUUGUUCGAUUAG